CCCAUAUAUAAAAGUGGUGGAUAAAAUGCCAUUUUUGAUUGAGCUCCAAGAUGAACAUAUACGAAUGGAAAGUUAUCUAUUUUGCUGCGUUCUUGUCUCAUUCAAUGGUUGCUACUGGCCAGCUUGCGAAGUUCUCAGGCACACCUUUUGAUCCCGUGAAAGCUGGGAUUGCCACGUCCACCCAAUCUCAGUUUGGAUGCCCAUUGGUGACCAACCGGGCAUUGGAACCUUUGAUUCGACACGGUAGAUCCCCAGGUCUCUUUAGCUUUGAUGGAUUGUCUGUGGAUCGUAGAGAAAGCUACAUCAUGAGCAUCCGGAGGUCUGAGGGAUGUAUAGUUGGAUUGGUAUUUGGGUCGAACCCUGUAGACUUUGGAUUAGUGGCCGAUCUCACGGAGCGCAUUCCCAAUUCAAAACUGAUCGUCAUGGGAGCCUCUAAUGAGCUGAUUGCUACAAUCAACCGACAAGUCGUGGUAUUGGUAGAGGAUCCAAUAGCCAAGAACGUUAAGGUCAACAUAUUUUGCGGCCGACAAUCUGGCGCUUAUUGGAGUAAAAAUGUGAACCUUUGGACUCCUGGCCGUGGGUUUAAAAAAGCAUUUGAUUGGAACCGCUAUUGUCGAAACAUUUUGGACCGUCAACGAUUCGUCGUGGGGCAUUCUGGAUUAAACCCGAUGGUGAUGUUACCCAAGAAACCAGGGGAUAAGAUUCGGGGCGUGGAGGUUGACGCCAUCAAGCUUUUUGGGCAAAAGCACAACCUCAACGUGGAAUUUAUUCACGGACAAAUUGAAGCAUCUGGAGCAGAUUUGAACAGGUCAAAAGCGCUUUUGGGACAGUUGUAUCGAGGUAAAAUAGACUUGGCCUUGACUGUGGUCCUUCACGUUGAUGGAUACAGAGACUUUGCAUGCACCUCGUAUACUGAUACCUUGGAACUAAAAUAUUGCACCAGACGACCGCAGAAGCUUGUGGCUUUUGGCAAUUUGGGUCGGGGAUUCGAUUUCUGGAGCUGGAUCUCAGUCUUUACGUGUUUGAGUCUCUUCUCCAUUACUUUUGCCUUGAUUUUUCACGUUUAUAAGAGCCUGAUUAGACUAAAAACCUUGUAUAAGAAUCCUGGACACCCCAUGGAUUUCCUUCUCCUUACCUUCACCGCUUUUGUGGAACCCGAUCCUUUGGUGUGGUUUCCAUCUUGGUCGUCAGGAAAGCUUUUGUUCGUCUUGUGGUCAAUAUUUUCGUUCUUCGUUACAAGUUUUUUCAAUUCAAACCUACGAAGUAAUCUUAUUGCCCCAUCAUUGGAACCCAAGGUUGAGACGACGGAUGAUUUUCUCAAUAGCGGACGGGAUCUUUUGUUGCUGGAUUUGCUCGGAUUUUUGCUCAAACAAAAAUCCGGAACAGGAUUUCAACGCUUUCUGGAUUACGUUGAAGAUAAUCCCUCAUCCCUGUAUUCUCUCAAUGACGAUUUGGAUGCGGUGACAGACAAAAUCAUGUCUGGAGGAGCGGUCAUCAUUUGUCCCAAAGACUCUGAGAUGACCAACUAUCCAACGGACCCCGUUAAUAUGGGUUUGCCUAAUCGGUACUUUUCCAGAGAGUCCAUAUUCAGCGGUUUCAUGGCUAAUAGAUUACGGAAAUAUUCCCCAUACUUGCCAUAUUUGAAUACAGUGAUUGAACGGUUCCGAGAAUCAGGCCUCCAUCAAAGGGCCCUAUAUGAACAAUUGCCAUUAGUUGCUCUACCUGGCCAAUUUAAACCGGAUCAGAACGAAAACGGGAUCCGGAUGAGCUUGGACAUGAUGUGGAUGGCUCUGUUUAUUUUGGGUGGAGGAAUCAUCCUGGGCAUGGUAGCCUUCAUCUUUGAAAAGGUGAUGGACAUGCGCAAACGAAGUAUCGUGGGACAAUGACCGGAAGCUGAAACUUGAAAAGCAAUCGGCAAAUGGAUGUAUUCCCAUCAAGGAUUUCAUAUUAGUUAGACCAACCCCAAUAAUCAUUGUCACUGUCAAGGAGACCUUUUUGUCGAAGAUCAGAAUACAGGCACUCUAAUUGGAAGCACUGAUAUUUCCUAGUUGACCAUUUCAAGGGUUCCAUCUUCAAACAAAAAAGCAAGUCUGAAAUGGCUAGUAUUGUUUCAAUGAUAGAAGAGGUCUUGGUCCUAGUCCCAACUAACAGCUACAGCUGAUGCAUGAUGAACAGGGGAUAUCCCAAAGCGUGCAAAGAGGUUUCGUGUAAUAGGAUUCUUUCCUGGACCGUGGUUGUGGUACAAAAUCUGGCCUCUUAGAAAGUGCCUAUGAUAAUGGGGUAGUCGGACUCAAAGCUUUGGUCGCAUUUAGACUUCCAUCCUCC